AUGUCAAUUUGUGGUUGCAAUAUAUCAAUUUAUAUUCCUUGUUUACAAUUAACAACAAUAUACGCUACAAUGAAUGAACCUACCCAUGAACCCAAUUACGGUGCAAGCCAAGAAACCAAUUGGAACGCCAGUAACGAUUCUAUAGAGUCGGAUAAUUCGAACGAGUCGAUUGGUGAAAAUGACGACCACAGAUCUGAGGAGCAUUUUGCAACUACAGGGUACGAAGUCUCUUCAUUUAGAAGAGUCAAACGAUACGCUAAGUAUCUUUUGGGUUUGAGGAAAUCCCAAAGACAGCCAUUAUUACCUCAUCAUUCUCCGCCAUCAUCACCAUUACCACCUAGGCGUCCAAUUAACUACAUAAUUUUUGAUAUUAUUUGGAACCGAAUUUUGAGCGAAGCAAACCGAGAAUUGUUGAUAAGCUAUAAGUGGGUAUUCUUUCUCUUGUCUAUUUUGAUUGUGGUUGCUGUCCUAGUAAUCACAAACAACUUCGAAUAUUUAAAAGUAUUUCUCAAGAGCCUAUUUUGUUAUAUUUUAAAUUGCCUACGCAAGGGUACUAAAGAUUGUUAUGAAUGA